UCAUUCUGUUGUCAAAGGCCUUAGUGGAGUUGACUCAAUCUUGUUUUUUUAGCCAGCUACUGCCGGCUAGUUUGCUAACUUGCAACUCAUUUUGAAUGAUUGGUUUGCAUUGCUGUCUUUGUCGCUAACCACAAAUCCAGGCGCCCUGCCCCCGAUUGGUUUUUCAGUUGUUGCCAUUGGGGGAACACAAGUUGCUUGGCAGCCAUGCCAACUGUGGUUCUGAUGGACGCGUCUCUGUCCAUGACCCGGCCAGUGGCACUGGAGGGCAACGAGGAGUUUCAGAGGAAAAACCUGGCUAUCCACGGGCUCACUAUGCUGUUUGAGCAUAUGGCCACCAACUACCGCCUGGAGUUCACCGCGCUGGUGGCGUUCUCCUCUCUCUGGGAGCUCAUGGUUCCCUUCACCAGGGACUACAACACUCUGCAGGAGGCCCUAAGCAAUUUGGAGGAUUACGAUAAGACGUGCCUGGAGGCGGCCCUGCAGGGCGUCAGCAACGUGGUGCAGCAGGAGUGGGGCAGCGCCUGCCCCUGUCAGGUGGUGCUGGUGACGGACGGGUCCCUGGGGAUUGGGCGUGGCUCUCUGCGCCACUCCCUGUCCACCUUGAAGCACCGCGGGGAUGACAAGAAGUUCCCGCUGCCCUUCCCUUUCCCGGCCAAGCUGUACAUCAUGUGUAUCGCCAAUGCUGAGGAGCUCCAGACCAGUGACACUCUGGAGAACCUGGAGCAGUUGCUAACACUGAGUGCAGGUGGGGGCCAGAUUUUCACCAUGGAAGGGCCCCUGUGCCUGAAGAGUGUGCAGUCCAUGUUUGGGAAGCUGAUCGACCAGGCGUACACGCCCUUCCACGCGGUGCUGCGCUGCGGAAACCUGUCGUCGGACGUGCAGGUGUUCCCCCGGCCGGAGCCAGUGGUGAUCGACGAGGAGGUGGAGCCCUCUCCCAGGACCAUCCUCACAGAUCUGGAGCUAGUGGGCUUCAUCGAGAUUGGUGAUAUUUCAAGCCCCCCUGUCUUGUCUAGACACUUGGUAUUGCCCAUUGCUGUGAACAAAGAGGUGGAUGAGGUGGGUGCUGGUACGGCUGAGGAGACGGAAGAGGAGACUUCGACCACUCAGAUGGCGGGAAAGAGCCCAAACUUCUGUGUCUUGCUGCACGGGAGUUUGAAAGUGGAGGGAAUGGUGGCCCUUGUACAGCUGGGACCUGACUGGUACGGCAUGCUGUACUCGCAGGCCGACAGCAAAAAGAAGUCCAACCUGAUGAUGUCGCUGUUUGAGCCCGGCCCACUGCCGCUGCCUUGGCUGGGCAAGAUGGCACAGCUCGGGCCCACGUCAGAUGCGAAGGAGAACCCUUACGGAGAGGACGACACUAAAAGCCCCUUCCCCCUGCAGCCCAAGAGCAAACGCAGCUACGCGCAGAACGUCACAGUGUGGAUCAAACCCAGCGGCCUACAGACAGACGUGCAGAAGAUCCUGAGGAAUGCCCGGAAGCUGCCAGAGAAGACACAGACUUUCUACAAGGAGCUGAACCGUCUGCGGAAGGCGGCUCUGGCCUUCGGGUUUUGGGAGCUGCUGAAGGGCGUGGCAGAGCUGCUGGAGAGGGAGUGCACCCUGCUGCCUGACUCGGCCCACCCCGACGCCGCCUUCCAGCUCUCCCACGCCGCACAGCAGCUCAAACUGGCCAGCACCGGGGACCCUCAGUACGCCGCCUUCGAGCACAGCAUCACCCCCAUGGUCACCGACUUCUCCGGGGGCGACAGAGACAGGAUGUAGGGGGGCGAUAGAGACAGGAUGUAGGGGGGCGAUAGAGACAGGAUGUAGGGGGGAAAGGUACAGCACCCUGUGUAAAUGGCCCUCCUCCUCCCAUCUAAAAUCCUACCCUUAAGCAGACUGAACUAAGUUAAUUCACCUGUAGAAAUUGUGACGUGUGUGUGCGUGUGCGUGUUCGCACUCAUGCGUGUGUGAGAGAGUGAAUGUGAGAGAGAAUGCAAGUGUGACGUGUCAUCAUCUUAAGGGGUCAUUGUGACUGGCAGGUGACUAAACUUCUUCAGAUUAGAACUGAAGGUUUUAGUAUAGAGGAGCAUUGCUUUGGACAUCAGGGACCAUGCAGGUGCAAGGUGAGGGCUGGGCUGUGCUGCCCUUGUACACCCUCCACAUACAGCCAACAGGGCUGUACUCAUGCUCUUAGUGUUUGUGCUCUGUGGGAGUCGCACAUGAAAUGUCUUUUUGUACCUUGAAAAGCUUUGUAUAUAGUGUUUCCAGACGAGGGAUUGCAAUUAAACCUUUUUUAGCAACUGUG